AUGUUCAAAGAUUGUUAUGGCAAGCCCGCACUUGACAACGCGAACAACUGCACUGUCAUCGACUCCUUCUUGAAAAAGAAUAUGCCCGACCUUGCGUCGCAGGGGAUUUCAUACGUGUACAAGCUGGAAUACAACCAUGUGGAGCUACCGGAUUCUCAGAGGAUUUCGUACAGCUGGUGCCAAAUAGCGGGUUGUUUCAACGAUUAUAAGGUCGUCCCAAGCAAACCGCGUUCUACGGCAUUUUGGUCGACCACCAUUGGAGCGCAUACCGAGGUUGCUAUGAUCUUGGUUGCGGCAUUGUGGCAGAUUUUAAAGCUUCACAAGGCCCAAUACACCGACGACACGGAGCCGUGCAAAAAGAUUGAAUGGGAUAUUUGGAUGAUCCAGUUCUGGGAGCUGGUCUCGGUAGGUUGGUGGUGGUUCGACUUUGGGCGACACGUCACCGAUCGAUCAACAUACCCAGCACCUGGGGUGCUCAGCUGGGUACCGCUUUGGAAGUAUGGCUAUUUGCUGAACUUUCAUCCUUAUUCGUGCGCCCUCAGACAUAACCCUAGAGCGGCGUUGGUGGGCAAGUGGGUGAUGAACACGUUGGCAUUCGUGCAGUGGGUGAUUUCGGCGCACCUUAUGAAUUCCAGUCAUUCAAGAUCCGCGUAUUCCACAUACGACUGUCUCGCCUCACAGAUAUCGACUGCACCAGGAACAUCGACUUGUCCCGCGGAGCAAAUUUGUGCCCGAGAUAUCCUCUUUCGCUCUUACAACUUUGCCUUCUCUGACGAGAGUAUGGAUCUCACCGACCCCAAUCAUUCGAUGUUUGUGGCCUUCUGUAUUUUGAGCAUCGGAGUCGUGGGGAGAUUCCUUCUGGUUGGCGUGUUGCCGGUGGUCCUGCAUCUGAUGGGAAAAGGAUCCAUUCAAGAACUGAAGGCCAAGGUGUACGAGCAUGAUAUCGGUUACGCUGGAAGCGUUGGAGGAGCAUCUAUUGUUUGUAUCAUUGUUGGGGGAUUAACCACUGCUGGCGCGAUAAUCGCCUUCGGGCAUGGUCGUGAGAGUGCUUUUGUCAUUGACUGGACCUGCAAAACGGUGCAUGUUAAUCUGAGCGCUUGGCGAUAUUACUUGGAUGUAGAGUACGAGCGACCAUUACGGGUGGUGAAGAUGUGGUUCAACGUUUGA